AUGGCGACGGCGAUGACGGCGACGAUGACCACGGCGUUGAGGAACGAGGGAGGGACGACGACGAGGGACCAGUCGGAGGGGGAUCUGUACGCGCGCGUGAAGCAGCUCACGCGCGAGCUCGAGUUGAUCGAGAUCCAGGAAGAGUACAUCAAGGAUGAGCAGAAGAAUUUGAAGAUUGAGCUCUUGAGGGCGCAGGAGGAGGUGAAGCGGAUUCAAAGCGUGCCGCUGGUGAUUGGACAGUUUUUGGAGAUGGUGGACGCGGAGACGGGCAUCGUGAGCUCGACCACCGGGUCAAACUAUUACGUGCGAAUUUUGUCCACGCUGAAUCGUGAGCUGUUGAAGCCGUCGAGCUCAGUGGCGCUGCACAGGCACUCCAACGCGUUGGUGGAGAUUUUACCACCCGAGGCGGACUCUUCGAUUUCUUUACUGAGCGACGCGGAGAGACCAGACGUCAAGUAUAGCGACAUUGGGGGCGCCGACGUGCAAAAGCAAGAGAUUCGCGAGGCAGUGGAGCUUCCGUUGACGCAUUUUGACUUGUAUCGUCAGAUCGGGAUCGACCCACCUCGCGGGGUUUUGUUGUACGGCCCGCCAGGUACGGGUAAGACGAUGUUGGCCAAGGCGGUGGCGCACCACACGACGGCGGCUUUCAUUCGCGUCGUCGGGAGCGAGUUCGUUCAAAAAUACCUCGGUGAAGGUCCACGCAUGGUCAGAGAUGUCUUCAGAUUAGCGAAAGAGAACGCGCCGGCGAUUAUUUUCAUCGACGAGGUCGAUUCCAUCGCCACCGCUCGUUUCGACGCGCAUACCGGGGCGGAUCGCGAGGUGCAACGCAUCCUUAUGGAGCUCUUGAACCAAAUGGAUGGUUUCGAUCAGUCCGUGAACGUCAAGGUGAUAAUGGCGACGAAUCGCGCGGACACGCUCGACCCGGCGCUCUUGCGCCCAGGACGUCUCGAUCGUAAGAUCGAAUGCCCGCACCCCGACCGCCGUCAGAAGCGUUUGGUUUUCCAAGUGUGUGUCGGCAAGAUGAGUCUCAGCGACGAGGUCGACUUGGAGGAUUACGUCAGUCGACCGGACAAGAUUUCCGCGGCAGAUAUUCGAUCUAUUUGUCAGGAAGCGGGCUUGCAGGCGGUGCGUAAAAACCGAUACGUCGUUCUGCCGAAAGACUUUGAAGUUGCGUACAAGAUCAACGUGCGCAAACCGGACAACGACUUUGAAUUCUACAAGUAG